AUGCAACCAGUACCAAGCGACCCAAAUUAUGGAUUGUUAAGAUCACUCUUUCAAGAUCCAAAUAAUCAAUGUUGUGCAGAAUGUAAUUCUGCUAAUGUUCCAUAUGUUUGCAUUAAAUUAGGAGUUUUUAUAUGCCCAACAUGCGCACAUUUUUUAAGCACUCUAGGAUUUAAAGUUAGACCAAUAAUGGGUAGUUCAUUCUCUGAAGAAGAUAUAUCAAGAUUACAAUCAAUUGGUAAUUUAGUAUCAAAACAAUUUUGGUUAGCAAGAUGGACCCCAAUGGAUAUUGUUAUGCCUCCUCCUGAAGAUCCAAAUUUAGAAUCAUUUUUACGUUUAAAAUAUAUAGAAAAAAGAUGGACUUCUUCUUUAUCAACUUCUGACGGUUUUUCUUCUCCAAAUAAUAAUAAUACUAGUAAUGUCAAUAAUAUAAAUAAUAAUAGUAAUCAUAAUAAUAAUAUAAAUAAUAAUAAUAAUAAUAUAAAUAAUAAUAAUAAUAAUAAUAUAAAUAAUAAUAAUAAUAUAAUAAAUAACUUUUCGAAUAUUAAUAAUAUCAGUAAUGGCAUGAACAAUAUAUCUCUCAAUAAUAUCAAUAAUAAUAAUAAUAACAAUAAUCAUUACAAUGGUAAUGAUAUUGGUAUACCAAUUGUACAUAAAACUCAAUCACAACCCCAACCCCAACCCCAACCCCAACCCCAACCACAAUCACAAGGAUUUUCUCCAUUUAAUUCACCACGAUCUUCUCCAAAACCGGGUAGACAUCAUUUAAUUGAUGAUUUAAUAAGUUUUAAUCCUACACCUGUAAACAAUAGUAAUAAUAAUAAUAAUAAUAAUAAUAAUAAUAAUAAUGGUAAUAAUGGUAACCCAUUGAAAUUUAGUGGUGGCAUACCACAAAAUAAUAAUAAUAAUAAUAAUAAUAAUACAACAACUACUACUACUACUACUAAUAAUAAUAAUAAGGUACCAUUUGAUCCAUUUUCACCAAUUAAAACAUUUAGUGAAUCUGGUGAAUAUCAAAAUACUAAUGGAAAUCAGCAACUUUCUGGUUCAGGAAAUAGUUUAAUUGAUAUACUGAGUCAUCCAACUCAAUCAAAAUCACCUUCUCCUUCGGGGACACCACAUAGUUUAUCACCACAACAUCAUAGUUCAGAUUUUAAAGUACAUUUAAUUGACAUACCAACAACACAACAACAACUACAACAACAACAACUACAGCUUCAACAACAACUACAACAACAACUACAACAACAACAACAACAACAACAACAACAACAACAACAACAACAAUCACCAAUUUCGAAUCCAUUUACUUCAAAUAAUAAUAGUAAUAGUGAACCAUUAGUUUCAAUUUUAGAUAAACACGAAGAUCUACAUAACCAUCAUCACCAUCAACAACAACAACAUCAUAAACAGCAGCAGCAACAACAACAACAACAACAAAAUGGUAAUAAUAGUCCUUUGGCACAAUUUAAUCAAAUACAGCAACAACAAAUUAAUAAUAAUAAUCCAUUCGUAGAAGAGAAACAACCACAUCAACAUCCACACCAUCUUCAACAUCAUCGUCAUCAUUCAACAUCAUCAAUUAAUCAUGGUAGUAAUGGAGACCUGGCGUCAAUUUCCUUAACACUUUUAACUCCAUCACCUUCUCCAUCACCAUCUUUUAACUAUAGCGGUGGUGUGAGUUCCGCCCCAAAUAAUAGUUUAAAUAAUUCAUGCAAUGGAAAUAACAAUUUAAAUAACGGUAUGCUAAACUUUUCAAACUUAAAUAUAGGCGGUUCAACGUCAAGCGCUUGUAGUACUAACAGUAGUUCAAAUAUUACCAUAGCUAAUAAUAUUAAUAGUAGUAACAAUAUCAAUAUUAUAAAUAAUCAAAAUAAUCAAAAUAAUAAUAAUAACAACAAUACUAAUAACGUAAUGAUUUCACCAUCCCCAUCACCAAAUCCAUUUUUACCAACCCCAACUUCUACCAAUCAAAAUAAUCACAUUAUAACGCCAAUACCUGUCAAUCCAUUCACUGAUAAUUUACAAUUGAACAGUAAUAACAUUAGACAACAUCCACAACAAAUGUAUAUUCAACAACAACAACAACAACAACAACAACAACAACAACAACAACAACAACAACAACAACAACAACAACAACAACAACAACAACAACUUCAAAUGCAACAACAACAACAACAACAAAUGCAACAACAUUAUCAACAACAACAACAACAACAACAACAACAACAACAACAACAACAACAACAACAACAACAACAACAACAACAACAACAACAACAACAACAACAACAACAACAACAACAACAACAACAACAACAACAACAACAACAUAUUAAUUUAUCAUCAUCAGCACCACUUCAAUCUGUUAAUCAUUCACCAAUACCUUUACAACCACAACACUCGUCAUCACAAUAUAUGAAUCAACAAGGUUAUCAAGUUUAUCCAAAUGUUGGCAAUCAACCACAAUCACCUCAACAAAUUCAACCACAACCACUUCAACAACAAAUAUUUCAACAAGUACAACAACAACAACCACAAAUUCCACAACAAUCACCACAACCACUUCAAAGUAGUACUGAUGAAGAUCAAAGUGUAUUGGAGGUUUUAAAUUUAAAAAAACUAUUUGAUAUGAAUAUGAUGGAUAAGGAAGAAUUUGAACAUAGAAGAAGACAAAUCAUUGAUAAUUUAACUAAAACAACAUCACCAAUACACCAACAACCACCUCAACCACCUCAACCUGUUUUACCAGUUUCUGCACCUGCUCAAGUACCACAACCACAUCCACCUCAACAACAAAAUGGUCCUACAGUUCCACAGCAGCAACAACAACAACAACAACAACAACAACAACAACAACAACAACAACAACAACAACAACAACAACAACAACCAAUACCACAACCAUCAUCAUCAUCACCAACUCCAGAUGCAAGAUUAACAGGAACUGAAAGAGUAAUUAGACAUAGAUUUGAUGCAAAACUUGGUAAAUGGGUUCAAACAGCUACCAUUGUAAUUACAGAGCCAACUCCCUUUGCAGAGGGUGCUAUGAGAAAAGCAUUCAGAAUGAAGGAUCUUUCAGCAGAGGGACCAUCAUCACAAAUGGUUGCAAAAUUAUUUAAAGAUUCCAAUGAAGAUAGAAUGGUAUACUUUAAAGACGUUGAAAUGCAAACCUAUUCCAAAGAGAUUGCCGAACGUUUCAAUUUAAAGAGUCCACCUAAAAAGAUUGAUUUCGUACCAGCAUUCGUAAUGGAGUUGGUAGAGCGUCAAGGUAAACCAUUCUGUGCGGUCGAAUACUUUAUAGAGGGUAAAUAUGAAAAGCAUAACAAUAACUUUGGUUACAAAAAUGAUUACGAUAGAAAUACACCACAGGCUUUUAGUCAUUUCUCAUAUGAGGAUUCUGGUUGUCAAUUGAUUGUAGUCGAUAUUCAAGGUGUUGGCGAUGUUUACACUGACCCCCAAAUUCAUUCCGCUGAUGGUCAAGGAUUUGGUAAAGGAAAUUUAGGUAUUGAAGGCAUUAAAAGAUUCUUUUCAACUCAUCAAUGUAAUCCAAUUUGUCAUUAUCUUGGUUUAAGCUCAGUUAAUCCAAAGCCUGCAAACGAUGAAUCAGGUACAAUGCCAAGACCACCAUCUAUUGGUCAAUCUUAUGUACGUCCUUCUGCUUUUCCUCCAAAUUUACAACAAUCAUUCUCUUUUAAUUUCCCACCAUUAAAAGAUCAUCAUGUUUUAGAACAACUUAAUCAACAACAACAACAUUUACAACAACAACAACAACAACAACAACAACAACAACAACAACAACAACAACAACAACAACAACAACAACAGCAACAACAACAACAGCAACAGCAACAACAACAACAGCAACAACAACAACAACAAAAUCAACAACAAAAUCAACAACAAAAUCAACAACAACAACAACAACAACAACAACAACAACAACAACAGCAAAAUGGACAUCCACCACCACAAACACCAUUACCUCCAACUCCUCAACAAAAAGAUAAACCAAAGAUUGAAGUAUUUGGUGAUAUUUUAAGAAAAUUGGUAUCUUAA